CUGACAUUUCAGGACGUUGGCUGCCUUGACGCUACAAGAGUGAAGCUUGACUAUUAUGGAGGCGACGACUAUAUCCAUGCUAAUUAUGUGGGCACGCCAACUAGUUCGAGGCGAUUUAUAUGUACUCAGGCUCCAUUAGAGAAGACUUGCAAGGAGUUCUGGUUUAUGUGUAUGCAAGAUCGUGUCGAGUUUAUUGUUAUGUUGUGCAACUUUAUUGAAAAGGGAGCCAAGAAGUGCUACCAAUACUUUCCCCUGAGUGGAUCGAUGACAUUCGGUGAGAUCACAGUCGCGUUUGCUGGUUCGACAAUGAUGCGCUUCACUUGUCCCACAAACGCCCAAGUGCGAAUAACCACGCUUAUUGUUGAACGAAAUGGUCGGAAAAUGAGGACAAGGCAUCUACAUUGGAUUGAUUGGCCGGACCGUGGAGUGCCUCCAGCAGAUACAGCAAUUGUCCAAGUGCUGGAGCUCAUCAAAGGCACACAAGCACCAAUCGUGGUUCACUGCUCAGCAGGUGUUGGCAGAACCGGCUCGAUGGUUCUUAUCCAGUACAUUCUAGAAUCUAUCUCAAUGGGAGGGCCCCUAGAGGAAACUGAUAAAGUGCUUCUCAAAAUCAGAGCUCAAAGGGCCAACACUAUACAGGCGAGUCAACUUAUUUCGUAUUCGGACCAGUUUCAGACCGAUCAGCAGUACUUGUUCGUUCAUCAGGUCUUGCUCAAUUACUUCGUUGAAAAUCAACUUCUUGACCCCAGAUGGAAACCAUUCUUGAAUCGCUUCACAGUAGAAUACAAUAGGAGCGUCUUCUAG